AUGAACUCGUCGGUGUCGAGUCCUCUGUGUGGACCACUGUGUUUUGCCUCCACCUUCACCGAGCCCCGCUCGCCUCACCCGCGUUUUCCGUUUGACUCUGUUGGUCCAUUUGGCCUGAUUAGUUUGAAGUUUUGUGUCCCAUUUGGGUCGAGAUUUGAUUUUAGUUCUACGUUAUUCUGCUUGGGUGUGAUAGUUUGGCCAGAAGGUUCAAGAUUGGUUCUUUUUGCUGCGCUUCCUGGCCAACCCUACGCAAACAUGUUGUAUUUGGAGACACCAGUUGAAGUGGGGUUUUCUUAUGUUAAGGGUAGCUCCUCAUAUAUGACAGUGAAUCAUGAGGCAACAGGCUUAAAACCCUUUGUGACCCUCUUUCAAUGGGACUUGCCGCAAGCUAUUAAAUAUGAGUAUGGAGGGUUAAAAUGA